CAAUCCCCCAUCCGACCCAAAUCUGCGUUCCGGACGAACACGCGACGACCGGGGCAUCGGGAUGCCAUGCUCCACCUCGUCGGUUUUUUUUCGUACGCAAAGCGCAAUCCAACUUCCGGCUUGUUUCCCCUGUUGUCACUUGUGAAGGGAGUAUCGAUCGUAUAUAGACCUUGCCUUCUUCCCCCCCUGGACUGUGUGAUGUGACCCUGCUUCACGGCGCUCACAGGCUCUAAAGAGUCCCGACAACUUGACGACAAUAUCUUUGAGAGUUCCUUCACGAACUUGAAGCCCUCUGUCUCUCCUCCUUUUGCCAGCCUUUCCUCCGACUUUGCAAACCCAACGCCAACAUGGGUAAACCUGUCGAAGACUUGGCCGUGAUCCCCGGCGAUGACCUGCCUUGGUGGAAGCACGCCCACUUGCGGAAGCUCAACUUUAUCACCUUGUCUAUGGUGUUGUUCUCUUCUGCCAACGGUUACGAUGGAUCUAUUAUGGGCGGUCUCCUCGCCCUACCUCGAUGGAACGCCUUUACGCACAACCCCUCCGGCGCAUAUCUCGGUUGGAUCACAGGUAUCUACUGGCUCGGAAACGGUAUCGCCUUCCCCAUCGCCGCCAUCUGCUCCAACCGCUGGGGUCGCAAGCCUGGUGUCUACGUCGGAUACUUGUUCCUGGUUCUCGGUGUCGUAAUGCAAACGGCUGCUCAGAACGAGGUCACAUUCACCUACUCUCGUCUUUUCAUCGGUAUUGCUGCCUCAUGGCUCGGAAACUCGGCUCCUCUCUUGAUCAACGAAAUCGCACACCCGAAGCAACGAUCCAUCGCCAAUGCCCUGUUCAUGGUCGGUUGGUAUUUCGGCGGUACCCUCUGCGGCUGGGUCACUUUUGCCUGCCGGAACAUUGCCUCGGACUGGUGCUGGCGUAUUCCCGUCGUCCUCCAGAUCGUCCUACCCUUCGUUGCCCUGCCUGGCUUCCUCAUGUCGCCCGAGAGUCCUCGUUGGUUGAUUAGUGUUGGGCGCGUUGAGGAGGCUACCGAGAUUCUGGCCAAGCAUCACGCAGGUGGCAACAGAAGCGACCCCUUAGUGACCUACCAGGUUGUGGAGAUCCAGGCCACCAUCACCGCGGAGAAGGAGGCUUCUGCCAGCGCUUCGUACGCCGACAUGAUCAAGACACCAGGAAACCGUCACCGUCUCUUCAUCUCUGUUACUCUCGGUAUCUAUGCCCAGUGGGCUGGUAACGGCGUGGUGUCAUAUUAUCUCCUAGUUAUCCUGAACUCGAUUGGAGUCACAUCGGUCACGAACCAGACCUUGAUUUCGGCUUGCUUGAACGUCUGGAACCUGCUGUGGGCUAUCGCUGCUGCCACCAGCGUUGAUAAGCUGGGUCGCCGCUUCCUGUUCUUGACUUCUGCCAGCGUCAUGUUGGUGAGCUUCAUCAUCAUUACUGGCCUCAGCGGUUCGUUUGCCACGACCCAGUCGUCUGCCAUCGGAUCCUCGGUCAUCCCAUUCUUGUUCAUCUUCUUUGCUGGAUACGACAUUGCCAUGACUCCCUUCCUCACUGCCUACCCUUGCGAGAUUUGGCAGUUCAGCCUCCGAUCCCGUGGUCUCACCGUCACCUGGUGCUCAACCGUCGUCGCCAUCUUCAUCAACACCUUUGUGAACCCCAUUGCUUUGGAGGCUAUCCACUGGAAGUACUACAUCGUCUUCAUUGUGAUGCUUGGUCUCCUUUGGAUCACCGUCUUCUUCGCCUACCCUGAGACCCGCGGACAUACCUUGGAGCAAAUGGCUGUUAUCUUUGAUGGUGACGACGCUGCGGUCCCUCCUGCGGCUGCUGUGAGCGAGAAGACUGAGGCCUUGGUCACUCAUCAAGACGAUGAAGAUAAGAGGCAGUACCAGAGCGAUGCUGAACACAGAGUUUAAUGCAUCGCAUUUCACGAAUCCAGAAGCUUUGAAGCUUCAAAGUCAAUACCCAUCUUGCAUUUAGUAAAGUAGUAGUACCAUCCAAUGCAUCUCAUCCAAGAUUACUCGUCGCACUUGAUCUUUUCACUGAGGUUCGCAAUCUGUUCUAAUUGAAGGCAACCCCGUAAAAUGGUUCAAC